AUUAAAAGGCCAUUUCUUUUGUCUUCAUUAAUGAUUAGUAAUUUUGAAUAUCAAAAAUUUGUAGACAAGUAUCACAAUGAUGAACAAUGACUGUUACAAGUCAUGUCUAUCUAUCUAUGCCAGUGACCCAACUCUUUUGUCUUGGUCAUGAAUCUUUUCCUUUGUCCAUAGUAAUGCAGUGCAGUUGGCUAUUAGCACAUUUCCAUUUGUGUGUUUCAUACCUUACAUAACUCAGUGUUAGGCAGCUUUAAAUAGACUCUCUUCCAAGUUCUAAAUUCUGAUCCCUAUUCAAUGCUAGGAUGAUUCAGAGGUUUCUUGCAAAGUUUUUGUUAAAAGCAGGUGAAUGCAAUAUUUAAGGAGCUUGGGUUUAGAUUGGAAUUUUUGUAUGGGAGGAACCCGAGUUAGAUUUGAUAGUUGUCACUUGAAGCUUAGGAAUCGGGGAGGCAAGACCUCCGAGUUCUCUCUAAGAGCAGCCACAGCAGUUAGCCUGCUAGGGUUUGGUAGCAUCAGCUAGGCCGACAGGGUCGGGCGACGACAGCAUUUUUAGGCUGUUCAUAUAGAGACGAGGCGUGGCAGUUUCUUAUAUUUUUCUACCUAUGUUGCACCACAUUUGUCUGUACUGGACAUGGGCUGCUCCGGUCAUCCAAGCUUUCUUGUCACCAGUUAAACUAUGGCGAGAGGUUUAAACCCGAUGUAAACUACAGUAUGAUGUAAAGUCUACACUAGUCAAGUUGAGUCAGUCAAGGCGAACGUCGAAGGACUUCGGCCAUGUUAGACGGUCAACGAGUUGAUUCCAAUAUUCCAAAGGAGUUCUUCAGAUCAGGUUCCAUAUUUUAAAGAAAUGAAGAUAUAGAAGUAAAAGAACUUUUGGACUUUAAGUAUAUUCUGACAAUACAAGUGAGCCAGUCACACACCACUCAGCGUUCCCAUAGGAAGAAGUAAAGAAUAUGUCAGUGAGAGAGAUUCCUAGUAAACGUGUUGACUCUGUGAGGUUUAGCACGUACAGCAGUGAAGACCUGAAGCAGUUGAGUGUGAAAGAAUUAACUAAUCCAAGAUCUUUUGAUGACCUCGGACACCCAACCUUAGGAGGCCUCUAUGAUCCUGCUCUUGGUCCAAGCGAUCGAGAUGAGCUUUGUGGAACAUGCAGCUUGGGUCAGUUCCAUUGUCCAGGUCACAUGGGUCAUGUGACCCUGCCACUUCCUGUCUUCAAUCCGCUCUUCUUUCCACUUGUCCGUCAGCUCCUUCAUGGUAGUUGUUUAGAAUGUAAUCACCUGCUCGCCCCUCGGUGGACCCUGUGUCUGGUAGUCCACCAGCUCCGUUGCUUGGAUCACGGUUUGUUGGGCAGCGUAGGAGACCUUGCUGAAGUGGCCAGUCAGGUCAUCUCUGAAUCGGAUGAUGAAGGAUUGGCUGAUGAGAUGGAGACGACUCUAAGAGAAUAUGUGGAUAAGAUCCUAUCUGAAUUAAAGAAAGACGAACCCUGUGAAGCACGUCAUAUUGAGGAGUGUCGACGUCAGGUCAUCCAGUCCUUCAUACGUCAGCACAUAGCGUCACGCGGUAGGAAGUGUCCUCUGUGCAAGAAACCGGUCCGUGAGAUCCGUCCUCUCCAUAAUAGCGUUAUCCUGACCAAGGUGAACAGUGGUACUGGUCAGGGGCUUCAGAUGGUCUAUCUGUCUCCUCAUGAAGCUAGGAAACAUCUCAGGAAACUGAUGCAAAAUGAUGGUAAAGUAUUACGUCAUAUUUUUGGAGUUCUUGAUCUGCCUAGCAUGCAUGGUGAAGACUCUACCAUAGAUCAGUUCUUCCUAGAAGCACUUCCAGUCAUUCCCUCAAAGUUUAGACCGGUAUCUACUGCGGGAGACAAGACCUUUGAAAACCCACAGACAGGUAACCUCUCCAAGGUCCUCAAGGAUUGCCACGUAUUGCGUCUCUUGCUGCGGGCCAUGAGGCAAUCUACCGGCCAGGAAGGAUCCCUCAAUGAGGCCGUCAAGACUGAAUUUGAGGUCGACUCAAGAGACAAGGAGAAUGAAGAUCAGAGCAUCUUGAGUGCUGUUCCAGGGAAGACUCUACCGGAGAAACUUCAGAAUGCUCUGACCCAACUUCAGACCCAUGUUAACUGUGUCAUUGACAGUGACCUUGACAAGGUUUCUACUGAUAAAGCACCAGGCAUCAAGCAGCUUCUUGAGAGGAAAGAGGGUCUCUUCAGGAAGCACAUGAUGGGCAAACGAGUCAACUACGCAGCCCGUUCCGUCAUCUCACCCGAUCCUUACAUCAACACGGAUGAGAUUGGUAUCCCGGAGGUCAUUGCAAAGCGCCUGACGUACCCCCAACCCGUGACUGACUGGAACGCCCAGGAACUCAGACAGAUGGUGAUGAAUGGACCUGAUGUUCAUCCUGGAGCUUUACUGAUUGAGAAUGAGGAUGGGUCGCAGGUCAAACUACGAGCAGAUAACCAAUCGCAGAGAGAAUCGGUUGCUAAGAGAUUGCUUACACCGAGUAACAUCAAUAAACAAAACAUUGGAUCAAAGAAGGUUCAUAGACACCUUCAGACUGGUGAUAUAGUGUUAUUGAAUCGUCAGCCAACACUACACAAACCAGGCAUCAUGGCUCAUAAGGUCAGAGUUCUUCCUGGGGAGAAGACGCUGCGUUUACACUACUCGUCAUGUAAGACGUAUAACGCUGACUUUGAUGGAGACGAGAUGAACGUUCACUUUCCUCAGAACGAACUAGGCAGAGCAGAGGCACUCACUAUAGUGAGCACCAAUCAUCAGUAUCUUGUUCCUAAGGAUGGUACCCCUCUUGGAGGUCUUAUCCAGGAUCAUAUCGUCGCGGGAGUUAGGAUGACUGUCAGAGGUAGAUUCUUUACAAGGCUUGAAUACCAACAGCUUGUUUACUGCUCACUCACUGAUAAAGAAGGUCCUGUCAAGUGUCUUCCUCCGUGUAUGAUAAAGCCUGCCCUCUUGUGGUCCGGGAAGCAACUGAUCUCUACCAUCAUCAUCAAUACCAUACCAGAGGGAUGUAAACCGCUUGACUUUGUUGGGAAAUCCAAGAUCACAAAUAAGGCCUGGAUAAAAGGCAAGCCGCACAAACCCAAAGCUGGUGGUAGUGCCCUUGUUGGUCUCGACAUGUGCGAGUCUGAGGUCAUCGUAAGAGCAGGGGAGCUUCUCUCUGGUGUGCUGGACAAGGGUAACUAUGGACCUACACCGUAUGGCCUGGUCCACUGUAUUUAUGAGCUUUAUGGAGGUCACAUAGCUGGUAAACUACUGAGCCAUUUUGGACGUCUCUUUACAACAUUCUUACAACAGCACACCGGAUUUACUCUCGGACCAGAGGAUAUCAUUGUCACAGAAAAGGCUGAUGAGGACCGUCGUGAAACACUGGAUAAAGCUAAAGACUGUGGAUCAGAGGCCGUUGCAAAGGCAUUGGGUGUAGAGGACUUUGCCGGUUUCCAUGCCAACAGACUCGCAAAGAAAUAUGAAGAUGCCCACAGAAAGCCUGAUGGGAAUGAUUUGAAGGAGAUUGAUAGAGAGAUGAAAACGAAGACGGACCAUUUCAGUAAUCAUGUCGGAAAUACCUGCCUGGGGUCUGGGCUGCUCAAGCAUUUCCCUGAUAACAAUCUUCAGCUGGUGGUCCUGUCUGGUGCUAAGGGAUCUGUGGUAAACUGUCUUCAGAUCUCCUGUCUGCUUGGUCAGAUUGAGUUGGAAGGCCGUCGUCCACCCCUGAUGGUCAGCGGUCGUUCUUUACCAUCCUUCCUCCCGUAUGAUACCAGUCCUAGGUCCGGUGGUUACGUGGCCGGUCGGUUCCUGACAGGGAUCAAACCUCAGGAGUACUUCUUCCAUUGCAUGGCCGGUAGAGAGGGUCUGGUAGAUACAGCAGUUAAGACUAGCCGGAGUGGAUACCUACAGAGGUGUAUCAUCAAACAUCUUGAAGGAUUGGUCGUCAAUUAUGAUCAAACAGUAAGAGAUAGUGAUGGCAGUAUAGUCCAGUUCCAGUAUGGUGAAGAUGGUCUAGAUAUAUCCAGGACUCCAUUCCUACACAAGGAACAGUUCCCGUUCCUUUUACAGAACUCCAAAGCACAUCUCCCAUCAAGGUCAAAGAACUCUGCACUGUCCAGUGACCCAAGUCAAGCUGAGAAACUCUUCAGAAAGAUCAAGAGAUGGAAAGAGAAGCAUUCCCACCGUCUCCGAUCCGAAAGAAGAUCUCCAUUCCUAGAGUUCUGCAAUAAGGAAUAUGCAGCCAUCUUAGAACAGAUUCAGUCUGAUGAAGACGAUGUAUUGAAGGCUUAUAACAAGGCUAAGAAAGAGAUCAUUAGGAGAUGGAGGGAGGUCACUGAUAGGCAUAGGUAUGAGAAGAAGACGGCUCCUUGUCCCGACCCUGUAAGUACUCAGAUGAGACCAGACAGACAUCUCGGUGCAAUCUCAGAGAAACUAGAGUCUCUCAUCCAUGACUAUCUAGACUCCAGGUUACCGACAUCAAAGGAUAUAGAUGGGACUGAAGAUGAAACCAAACUGAAGAGUUUGAUGUAUAGCAAGUAUCAGAGAGCGCUCUGUGAGCCGGGGGAAGCUGUGGGUCUCCUUGCAGCCCAGUCCAUUGGAGAGCCUUCAACUCAGAUGACACUGAAUACGUUUCAUUUUGCUGGUCGUGGUGACAUGAACGUAACACUGGGUAUUCCCAGACUCAGGGAGAUUCUGAUGGUAGCUAGUGCCAACAUCAAGACACCAAGUAUGACGAUACCAUUCAUCAAUCCUGACAUAUCGGCGAAGAAGAUUGGCAGGAUACGGAGGCAACUCGGAAGAGUUCAUCUGUCUAAUGUGCUUGAAGAUAUAGACAUCUGGGAAACCUACGAGUUCCCCACAGCACAUGAUCAUUAUCGAGUUUACAAGAUCAGACUCAACUUCUUGCCUCAUGUAGAUUAUAAGGAUGAUCAUAAUGCAACGCCAUCAAGCAUCUUGUCUUACAUCGAAACAACAUUCCUAAAGCAGUUCCUAGAAAUCGUCAAGAGGAAAAUGAAGGAUCUCAAGAAAGCAAACUUUGCAUUAUCCAAGAAAUCUAAGUCCGACUUAGUUGGAGGGGGUGCUGCCACCACCCGAGGUGAGAAUGGAACAGACCCAGACAUGCAGGAAGACAAUGCAGCCUCUGUAUCAACAAAGAGAGAGUCCAUUUCAUCGGAGGGGAGCGGGGAUGAGGAGGGUGAUGGUACAGCGUCUAAAUACAAGAAGAAACACGAAGAGGAGAAGGAGUAUGAUGACGAUGAGGGAGGAGAACUAGAGAUGGAAGGAGAAUGGGAAGAAAUUAUAGAUUCAGGUGAUGAAGGAAGCGGUAGCAGUAAAGCAGAUAGCCCUGCUACUCCUGAAGGAGAGGAUGAUGGGGGUGGUGAUGCUGAUGAUGAAGCGAUUGCAGAAGACUUACUCUCAUCCAAGCCAGAGGAAUCAUCACCAUCGUCAUCUAAGAAGAAGAAACGACCAGUGAACAUCAGUGAUAGGGAGAAAGAACAGAGAAUACUGGCUGCAGUGAACAUAAGUCCAAUGAUGGAGAUGUAUGACUUUGAUGCUGAUGAACAGUUGUGGUGUGAAUUCAAAUUCAAGGUUGAGCUGACUGAUAAUAAACUAGACAUGGCUUCAUUGGUGGAGGCAGUCUCAAGACAAGCCACUGUCCAUCAUGUACCUGGGAUCUACCGGUGUCUUGUGUCUGGUCAAGGGUCUGGAGAGACUAGACUGCUCACAGAAGGAGUCAAUCUACAUGAACUCUACAAGUACGACAAACUACUGCAGCUAAACAAGGCUUAUACUAAUGACAUCCAUGCCAUGGCCAAUGUAUAUGGGAUAGAAGCAGCUUGCAAAGCUAUCAUCAAGGAGGUACGUGAUGUGUUCUCAGUAUACGGCAUCACAGUGGACCCUCGUCAUCUCUCAUUGGUUGCGGACUAUAUGACCUUUGAGGGCGUCUAUCGGCCUUUCAAUCGGAUCGGUCUGGAGUCCAAUGCCUCUCCGUUGCAGAAGAUGACGUUUGAGAGCUGUAUGAAGUUCCUUAGAGAGGCAACCAUACAAGGUGCAAAAGACAAUCUCCAGUCUCCAUCAGCAAGGCUUGUAGUCGGCAGAGUGGUCAACGGUGGAACAGGGUGUUUUGAUCUCAUUCAACCUCUCAUGUAGUAAUACCUCAUCAUCCAACAUAAACCUAUAGAGGUUUAUAAACUUUUUAGAGGUUAAGAGCAAUCACUUAUUCCUCAAAUUGGCAACAAUUCAUUUUGACCCGGAAAAAAAAUACUAGAAUCUCAUUUGAUCUCUCAAGUAGCAAUACUUAAUCUUCCAAUAUUAACCCAAACAGGUUCACAAAUUGUUUUAUUUAAAAACAUAUCUCUUUAAUGAGGAAAAUUUGCUGUGUAGACUUAAAUGAGUAUGAAACCUUUGGAACAAUAUAGCUUG